AUGGAGCAGUUUACCCCGAAGGAAGUACGCAUUCUGGAGAGUGCCGAAGACAUCCAGGAACGACGUGAUCAGGUGUUGAAUCGGUACAGCGAGUUUAAGCUCGAGACACGCCAGAAGCGCGAAAAGUUGGAAGAUUCGCGUCGCUUCCAAUACUUCAAGCGCGAUUCCGAUGAAUUGGAAAGUUGGAUUAACGAGAAGCUGCAGGCGGCUAGUGAGGAGAGCUACCGCGACCCUACUAACCUGCAGGCGAAAAUCCAAAAGCAUCAGGCGUUCGAGGCAGAAGUGUCGGCGCAUAGCAAUGCGAUCGUUGUGUUGGACAACACGGGCCAGGAGAUGAUCAACCAGGGCCAUUUCGCGUCGGAAACCAUUCAGCGCCGGCUGGAAGAGCUGCAGCGCUUGUGGGAGCUGUUGCUGUCACGCCUGGCCGAAAAGGGUAUGAAGCUACAGCAGGCACUAGUGCUGGUGCAGUUCCUUCGCCAUUGCGAGGAGGUCAUGUUUUGGAUCAAGGAUAAGGAAGCGUUCGUGACGGCGGAUGAGUUUGGGCAGGAUCUGGAGCAUGUCGAAGUGCUGCAGCGCAAGUUUGACGAGUUCCAGAAAGACAUGGCCUCGCAGGAAUAUCGUGUCACGGAGGUUAACGAGCUGGCCGACAAGCUGCUGUUCGGUGGUCAUCCGGAACGGGAAACGAUCACGCGCAAGAAGGAGGAACUGAACGAGGCCUGGCAGCGCUUGAAGCAGCUGGCCAUAUUGCGCCAGGAGAAGCUGUUCGGGGCACACGAAAUCCAGCGUUUCAACCGCGAUGCGGAUGAGACGGUUGCGUGGAUCGCUGAAAAGGAUGUCGUGCUGUCGUCCGACGAUUACGGGCGCGAUCUGGCCAGCGUACAAGCGCUGCAGCGCAAACACGAAGGUGUGGAGCGUGAUCUGGCGGCGCUCGAAGACAAGGUGGCCGCUCUCGGUACCGAAGCUGGGCGCCUGUGCAGCAUUCAUGCCGAUCACAGCGAACAGAUUCGUGAGAAGCAGGCAGAGAUCGCUGCGUACUGGCAGUCGCUGACAGCGAAGGCCAAGGAGCGCAAGCAGAAACUCGACGAGUCCUACUUCUUGCACCGUUUCCUGGCCGAUUUCCGCGAUCUGGUAUCGUGGAUCAAUGGCAUGAAGGCGAUCAUCUCCGCGGACGAACUGGCAAAGGAUGUUGCCGGUGCGGAGGCGCUUCUGGAACGCCACCAAGAACAUAAGGGCGAGAUCGAUGCACGCGUGGACAGCUUUAAGCUGACCACGGAAGCUGGCCGGCAGCUGCUCGAGCGCGAGCAUUAUGCCGCGGCCGAGGUGCAGGAGAAGCUAGCUGCUCUCGAGAACGAUAAGAGCUCGCUUUUGGUUUUGUGGGAGGACCGCCGCAUCCUGUAUGAGCAGUGCAUGGAUCUGCAGCUGUUCUACCGCGACACCGAGCAGGCUGACACGUGGAUGGCGAAGCAGGAAGCUUUCCUUGCUAACGAGGAUCUGGGCGAUACACUCGAUUCCGUCGAGGCGCUGAUCAAGAAGCAUGAAGACUUCGAGAAGAGUUUGGCAGCCCAGGAGGAAAAGAUUAAGGCGCUGGACGUGUUCGCAACGAAGCUGAUCGACGGUCAGCAUUAUGCUGCGGAUGAUGUUGCCCAGCGUCGUGCAAUGUUGCUGGCUCGCCGUUCCGCUCUACAAGAGAAAUCUUCAGUACGCCAACACCUUCUGGAGGAUUCGAACGCUCUGCAACAGUUUGAGCGCGACUGUGACGAAACCAAGGGUUGGAUUAGCGAGAAGCUAAAGUUCGCUACUGAUGACAGUUACCUCGAUCCAACCAAUCUGAAUGGCAAGGUACAAAAGCACACGAACUUCGAGCACGAGCUGACGGUGAACAAGAGCCGCAUUGAGGACAUCACGGCAACGGGUACGAAGUUGGCCGAGAACGAACAUUAUGCGGCGGACAAGGUGAAUGCUCGCAUGCAAGAAAUCGUAACGUUGUGGGAAUCGCUUGUGCGGGCUUCGGACAAGAAGGGCUGCAAACUGCAGGAAGCUUCUCAACAGCAGCAGUUUAACCGCACUGUCGAGGACAUUGAGCUGUGGCUGAGCGAAGUGGAGGGUCAGCUGCUGUCGGAGGACUACGGCAAGGAUUUAACUAGCGUGCAAAACUUGCAGAAGAAGCAGGCUCUCCUGGAAGCUGAUGUAAUGGCACACCAGGAUCGUAUUGAGGGCAUUAAGGUGGCUGCUAACAAGUUCGUCGAGAGUGGUCACUUCGAUGCGGAUAAUAUUCGCGCUAAAGAAGCGGCACUAUCGAAGCGUUACGCUGCCUUGGCUGAGCCAAUGGCGAUCCGUAAGCAACGUUUGCUCGACUCACUGCAGGUCCAGCAGUUGUUCCGCGAUUUGGAAGACGAGGCGGCGUGGAUUCGCGAAAAGGAACCGGUAGCCGCAUCAACAAAUCGAGGCCGCGAUCUGAUUGGUGUGCAGAAUUUGAUCAAAAAGCAUCAAGCCGUUCUUGCGGAAAUUAACAAUCACGAGAGCCGAUGCGCUGGUGUUAUUUCCAAUGGGGAGCAGAUGCUUACUGAGCAACCGACAGCGAGCGAAGAAAUCAAAUUGCGCCUGGAUGCCCUCAAGGACCAGUGGAAUUCGUUGAAGGAGAAAUCCAACCAGCGUAAGCAAGAUUUGGAGGAUUCGUUACAGGCACAUCAAUAUUUUGCCGACGCGAACGAAGCAGAAUCGUGGAUGCGCGAGAAGGAACCGAUUGUUUCGAACCAAGACUACGGAAAGGAUGAAGACUCUUCAGAGGCACUGCUAAAGAAGCAUGAAGCUCUGGUGUCGGAUCUCGAAGCAUUCGGUAACACAAUUCAAGCACUGCAGGAGCAAGCGAAGAACUGUCGCCAGCAGGAGACACCGGUCGUGGACAUCACCGGUAAGGAGUGCGUGAUGGCCCUUUACGACUACACGGAAAAGUCGCCGCGCGAAGUGUCGAUGAAGAAGAAUGAUGUGCUAACGCUGCUCAACUCCAACAACAAGGACUGGUGGAAGGUUGAAGUGAACGAUCGUCAGGGUUUCGUGCCAGCGGCGUACAUCAAGAAGAUUGAUCCUGGGCUAAGUGCCAGCCAGCAGAAUCUGAUUGAUGGUCACUCGAUCGCGAAGCGCCAGAUGCAGAUCAACAGUCAGUACGAUAAUUUGCUUGCAUUGGCUCGUGAACGUCAAAACAAGCUGAACGAGACGGUAAAGGCGUACGUGCUUGUUCGUGAAGCAGCCGAUCUGGCGACAUGGAUCAAGGACAAGGAGAGCCAUGCCCAGAUCAAGGAUGUCGGCGAAGAUUUGGAAGAGGUAGAGGUACUGCAGAAGAAGUUUGACGAUUUCAACGACGAUUUGAAGGCAAACGAGGUACGACUGGCGAAGUUGAACGAAAUCGCCAUCCAGCUGACAUCGCUGGGACAGACCGAGGCCGCACUGAAGAUCAAGACUCAAAUCCAGACGCUUAACGAGGAGUGGGCUACGUUGCAAACAAUCACGCAGGAACGUGCGAGCCAGCUCGGAUCAGCCCACGAGGUGCAGCGUUUCCAUCGCGAUGUCGACGAAACUAAGGAUUGGAUUGCAGAGAAAGAGAACGCCCUGAACAACGAUGAGCUGGGCAAGGAUCUGCGCGGUGUACAAACGCUGCAGCGCAAACACGAAGGUUUGGAACGCGAUUUGGCUGCACUGCAGGACAAGAUCCGCCAACUGGACGAGACGGCGAAUCGAUUGAUGCAAUCGCAUCCGGACACGGCCGAGCAGACGUAUGCCAAGCAGAAGGAGAUCAACGAGGAAUGGCAGCAAGUCGUGACGAAGGCACAGCAGCGCAAGGAGAAGCUGCUCGAUUCGUACGAUCUGCAGCGGUUCUUGAGCGACUACCGUGACCUAUCCGCUUGGAUAAGCUCGAUGAUGGGAUUGGUGACGUCGGAAGAACUGGCUAACGAUGUUACCGGAGCGGAAGCGUUGAUCGAGCGUCAUCAGAACCAUCGUGCCGAAAUUGAUUUUCGUUGCGGUCUCCCGCAGGAACACCGCACGGAAGUCGAUGCACGCGCCGGUACUUUCUCGGCUUUCGAACAGUUCGGCAACGAACUGCUGCAAGCGAACCAUUAUGCGGCUCCCGAAAUUCAGGAAAAGAUUGAGAAUCUAGCCAAGGCCCGGGAAGAGUUGGAGCGUGCCUGGACUGCACGUCGUCUGCAGCUUGACCAGAACCUGGACCUACAGCUGUAUCUGCGCGAUUGCGAGCAGGCUGAAAACUGGAUGAGCGCUCGUGAGGCGUUCCUGAAUGCAGAAGAGGUGGACUCAAAGGGAGACAAUGUUGAGGCGUUGAUCAAAAAGCACGAAGAUUUCGAUAAGGCGAUCAACGGUCAUGAGGAGAAGAUUGGUGCGCUGCAGGUGCUGGCCGAUCAGCUGAUCGCGCAGGAGCAUUAUGCGGGAAGGUUGAUCGAUGCCAAGCGGCAGGAGGUGCUGGAUCGCUGGCGUCACCUGAAGGAGGACCUGAUCGAGAAGCGUUCGCGUUUGGGCGAUGAGCAAACGCUGCAGCAGUUCUCGCGUGAUGCAGAUGAGAUCGAAAACUGGAUCGCAGAGAAGCUUCAACUGGCUACGGAGGAGAGCUAUAAGGAUCCGGCCAACAUUCAAUCGAAGCACCAGAAGCAUCAGGCAUUCGAAGCGGAGUUGGCAGCAAACGCCGAUCGUAUUUCGAGCGUGCUGGCGAUGGGUAGUAACUUGAUCGAUCGUAAUCAGUGCAGCGGAUCGGAAGAGGCCGUGCAGAAGCGUCUGACGCAGAUCGCUGAUCAGUGGGAGUACCUCACGCAGAAAACCACCGAGAAGUCUCUUAAGUUGAAGGAAGCAAACAAGCAGCGUACGUAUAUCGCUGCGGUGAAAGAUUUGGACUUCUGGUUGGGUGAGGUGGAAAGCCUGUUGACUUCAGAAGACGCAGGUAAGGAUCUGGCUUCGGUGCAGAACCUGAUGAAAAAGCAUCAGCUGGUGGAGGCGGACAUUCACGCGCAUGAGGAUCGCAUUAAGGAUAUGAACAGCCAAGCGGACUCGUUGGUGGAGAGCGGACAGUUUGAUAGCGCUGGCAUUCAGGAGAAACGUCAAUCGAUUAACGAACGUUACGAGCGCAUCCGCAAUCUUGCUGCCCAUCGACAGGCUCGUUUGAACGAGGCGAAUACUCUGCAUCAAUUCUUCCGUGAUAUCGCGGACGAGGAGAGUUGGAUCAAGGAGAAGAAGCUGCUGGUCGGAUCGGAUGAUUACGGACGCGAUUUGACCGGAGUUCAAAAUCUGAAGAAGAAGCACAAGCGCCUUGAAGCUGAGCUUGCAUCACAUGAGCCUGCCAUCCAGGCGGUUCAAGAGGCGGGUGAAAAGUUGAUGGACGUGUCGAAUUUGGGAGUACCGGAGAUCGAACAGCGCUUGAAGGCUCUGAACCAAGCGUGGACCGAGCUGAAGGGAUUGGCGGCUACUCGCGGCCAGAAGCUGGACGAAUCGCUCAUCUAUCAGCAGUUCCUGGCGAAGGUCGAGGAAGAGGAGGCUUGGAUUACGGAGAAGCAGCAGUUGCUGUCGGUCGAAGACUAUGGUGACUCAAUGGCGGCCGUACAGGGUCUAAUGAAGAAGCACGAUGCAUUUGAGACCGACUUUGCGGCACAUCGUGACCGUUGCUCGGACAUCCGCGACCAUGGUCAGACUUUGGUAACGAACAAUAAUCAUCAUGGUGACAGCAUUUCGCAGCGCUGCGUACAACUUGACAAGAAGCUGGAGAAUCUGCAGGCAUUGGCCACUCGCCGUAAGACGGCUCUGAUGGAUAACUUUGCCUAUCUGCAGUUCAUGUGGAAGGCGGACGUGGUUGAAAGUUGGAUCGCUGAUAAGGAGAAUCACGUCAAGUCGGAAGAAUUUGGACGCGAUUUGUCUACUGUUCAAACGUUGCUUACUAAGCAAGAGACAUUCGAUGCAGGUCUCUCGGCGUUUGAACAUGAGGGCAUUCAUAACAUCACUGCUCUCAAGGAUCAGCUUAUCAACGCAAACCAUGCCCAGUCGGCUGCAAUUCUUAAGCGCCACGAGGACGUGCUAACGCGCUGGCAGAAGCUGCGUGCCGAUUCGGAAGCUCGCAAGCACCGUCUGCUGAACAUGCAGGAUCAGUUCCGGCAGAUCGAAGAUCUGUACCUCACGUUCGCCAAAAAGGCUUCCGCUUUCAACUCGUGGUUCGAGAACGCUGAAGAGGACCUCACGGAUCCGGUGCGUUGUAACUCGAUUGAGGAGAUAAAGGCGCUGCGCGAGGCUCACGCCGCUUUCCAAGCUUCGCUGUCAUCAGCACAGGUAGACUUCCAAGCUUUGGCCGCGCUGGACCAAAAGAUCAAGAGUUUCAACGUCGGCCCCAACCCGUACACCUGGUUUACGAUGGAAGCUCUGGAGGAUACAUGGCGCAAUCUGCAGAAGAUCAUCGAGGAGCGUGACGCAGAGUUGGCUAAGGAAGUGCAUCGUCAGGAGGAGAACGACAAGCUGCGUAAGGAGUUUGCCAAGCACGCGAAUCUGUUCCACCAGUGGCUGACGGAAACAAGAUACAACAUUCUUGGAUGGGAUAAAAAUGGAACGUCACUUAUGGAUGGAUCGGGAUCGCUGGAAGAACAAUUCGAAGCGCUCUGCCACAAGGCAAAUGAAAUUCGUGCUCGUCGUGGGGACCUGAAGAAGAUCGAGGAGCUAGGUGCCACGCUGGAAGAACAUUUGAUCCUGGACAAUCGCUACACGGAACAUUCAACGGUCGGGUUAGCACAGCAGUGGGAUCAACUCGAUCAACUCGCCAUGCGAAUGCAGCACAACCUGAAACAACAGAUUCAAGCCCGCAACCAGUCCGGCGUGUCGGAAGACUCGCUCAAGGAAUUCUCAAUGAUGUUCAAGCAUUUCGACAAGGACAAGAGCGGCAAGCUGAACCACCAGGAAUUCAAAUCAUGUCUGCGUGCCCUCGGUUACGAUCUGCCGAUGGUGGAAGAAGGUCAACCGGAUCCGGAGUUCGAGGAAAUUUUGAACGUGGUAGACCCGAACCGAGAUGGUCAAGUUUCCCUGCAGGAAUACAUCGCCUUCAUGAUCUCAAAGGAAACAGAGAACGUUCAAAGUUUCGAAGAGAUCGAGAAUGCUUUCCGCGCAAUUACUGCCUCCGAUCCGCGACCUCGCCCAUACGUCACAAAGGAGGAGCUCUAUUCCAACCUCACCAAAGACAUGGCGGACUACUGCGUGCAGCGUAUGAAACCGUACAAUGACCCGAAGACCGGCCACCCAAUUACGGGUGCCUUGGAUUACGUGGAGUUCACCAGAACGUUAUUCCAAAACUAA